AUGACUGCUGUGGGAUCCAAAAGUCCUAUGAGGAUGUCUAUUUUCGGUUUUGGUAGAUCUCUAGAGAAUCAAUCAAUUCAAUCUGAUGCUCUUUCUGGUCUCAAGAAACCCAAUAUCAUCUUACCAAAUGGCCGAAUUUCACAUCAAGAGACUAUCAAUAUAGGCGUGAAUCAGCUUGUCUACAAUGGUGAGCUUUUAGGAGUUACUAAAGCGAUCGAAUACGCAAAUUCAAUAGCCCAACCAGGAAACAAGUUCAAGAUAUACUCAGAUAAUCAAGCAGGAUUAUUCCGGUUGAAAACCCCCUCCGAUUUACCUGGUCAAUCAUGCCAAAUCAAAGCUAUAAAAGCUGCGGAAGCUAUUCAAAAUAAAGGAGCCGAAAUCUCUCUCAAUUGGGUCCCCGGACAUACAUCUGUACAAGGAAAUGAGCUAGCUGAUUCUCUUGCAAAAGAGGCGACCAAAAUACCAUCCUCAUCUCACGAAACCAGUUAUGCCUCCAUUGGAAUGGAUAUAAAAAGAAUGAAAUCAGAGAACUGGAUAGCCAUCCUUAACACUAACAACUUUCAUCAACCAUCGUCAACAUAUUCAAGAAACUACCCCUGGAAGAUCAGCUCAAAAAUCAGAAUUCCAGGAAACAUCAAAAGAAGCACAAUCUGUGCUCUGUUCCAACUCAAAAUUGGACACGGAUACUUCAAAUCUUAUUUGAAACGAUUCGGGAUCUCCUCUAAUGACAAUUGUAGAUGUGGGGGAAAGGAAUCUCCUGAUCAUCUUCUGCUCAGUUGUCCUUUAUAUAAAAUGGCAAGGAAAACCCUCAAUAAGGAUAACCCCAUAGUCCGACCUACCAUGAAAUAUCUGCUUCACACUAAAGCAGGAAUUGUGUGA